CCUCUGACAUCUGCGGACAUUAUGGGAACCUACGGCGGAGACGAAGUCGCAGCUCUUGUGCUGUCAGUUGGCCACACAUGGACACAGGCUGGAUAUGCAGGAGAGGAUACACCAAAGUCUAUUUUCCCAACCUCGGUUGGCUGGGUCGAUUUACCACCUGAGGCUGAUAAGGGUGAUGAUGCUGACAACUCGGAAGAUACAACUAUGCAGGAUGUUUCAUCACAACAUGUAGGAGACGGAGAAAAUGGCGGCUCCAACAGUAAUAAUAUCCAUAAUAAGGAUGCUGAUGGUGGAGAUGUAGCCCCACAACCUGUAGGUGUAGGUGCUGCAUCGACAAAAAAGAAAAAAACUCUACGUGGUAAAUACUAUGUUGGCGAUGGAGAGAUCAGUUGCUGGAGGCCUAAUAUGGAAAUCAAGUCACCCAUCAAGGACGGACUCGUUGAGGACUGGGACGCAUUAGAGCAGAUCUGGGACCAUGCAUUCUUGAAAAGGCUUCGUUGUGACCCUACAGAGCAUCCAUUGAUCAUAACGGAGUCAGCAUGGAACACGCGUGAGAUCCGUGAAAAGUUUACAGAGUUAGCCUUUGAAAAGUACAACUUUCCAGCGUUUUUUGUUGCAAAGGAUGCUGUCAUGACUGCGUUCGCUGCUGGACGUCCACAUGCGCUUGUUGUAGACUCUGGUGGAGAUAUGACGAGCGUUGUGCCAGUGUAUGAUGGAUAUGUCCUUCGUAAGGGAAUUAUGCGUCAGGCUUUGGGAGGCGAUGUUCUUUCAGAGCAGGUCCUGAUGCAGUUUGCUGCUAAUAAUGUGGACGUUGUUCCUCAGUAUCUUGUUGCCAAAAAGACACCAGUGGAACCAGGGCAAAAACCCAUUGCUACCUUGAGAGAUCGCCCCGCAACUGCCAGUUUCCACAAAAUGAUGCAGUACCGUGUUGCUCACGACUUUAAGGAGUCCGUUUGCCAAGCGUCUGAGAUGACUUAUAAUGAACAAAACAUCAAUGGAAGGCCCCAAAAGCCAUAUGAACUUCCUGACGGAUAUAAUCUCAACUUUGGAGCCGACAGAUUCAAGAUUCCAGAGAUUAUGUUCAACCCCAAGGAUUUCUUGAAGAACCCAACACCUGAGCAGGAGAACUUUAUUGGUCUACCCAAGCUCAUCUAUAACAGUGCACAGUCAUGCGACAUUGAUUUCAGGCCUACGCUUUUUGGCAAUGUGGUUCUCACUGGCGGCAAUACCCUCUUCCCUGGAUUUGCGGAUCGUCUGCAUUGGGAGCUCAAUAGCAUACCUCAUUCGUACAAAGUCAAGUUGCAUGCACCCGGAAAUACUGUGGAACGCAAAUGCGGAAGCUGGCUUGGUGGUUCUAUUAUGGCUUCCUUGGGUACGUUCCACCAGCUUUGGAUUUCUCGCAAGGAAUAUGACGAGACUGGAGCAAGUAUUGUCAACAAGAAAUGUGUGUAGAAAAUGAGAUGUUACUAUUCAAGCUGAGUUUGCAAUAAUUAGGAGUAAUAAACAAAAUCGUUACAAGACGGUUCUUUUUUCUUUUU